AUGGAGCCGCUUCAGCUCGCGCGCAGAGGAGCCAACGGGCAACACACACGCUGUCACUCGGCACACAUGGCUGCACAUUUAUGGCGAAUAUAUUCCACGUUCAUCUGGAUUUUACCACUAGUUUCAAGUUCGAGGACGAGGAUUUAUCAACCGAACGAAGUGACCCUGCUGGAUACGAGGACAGUGCCAGGAGAGCUGAAAUGGGCCGCCAGUCCUUCUGAGGGAGGGUGGGAAGAGGUGAGUAUAAUGGAUGAGAAGAACAUCCCGAUCAGAACAUACCAGGUGUGCAAUGUCUUAGAGCCCAAUCAGAACAACUGGCUGAGGACGGACUGGAUCCCUCGGUCCGGUGCUCAGCGGGUCUACGUUGAAGUCAAGUUCACCCUGAGGGACUGUAAUAGCUUGCCAGGGGUCACCGGCAUCUGCAAGGAGACGUUCAAUCUCUACUACCACGAGUCUAACGAAGACAGAGAGAGCUACAUCAAAGAGAGCAGCUUCAUUAAGGUGGACACUGUGGCAGCAGAUGAGAGCUUCACCCAGGUGGACGUUGGCGACCGCAUCAUGAAACUGAAUACUGAGGUGCGAGACGUGAAGGUCGCGACCCGGAAGGGCUUCUACCUGGCCUUUCAGGAUGUUGGCGCCUGCAUCGCUUUGGUCUCCGUCAGAGUUUUCUACAAAACCUGUCCGCUCACCGUCCGUAACCUGGCAACGUUUCCCGACACGGUUACUGGGGCCGAUACGUCUUCCUUAGUGGAGGUCCGGGGGUCUUGUGUCAACCAAUCGGAAGAGAGGGAGGAGCCUAAAAUGUACUGCGGUGCUGAUGGAGAGUGGUUGGUUCCUAUUGGUGGAUGUUUCUGCAACCCAGGACAUCAAGAGAAGGCCGGCACAUGUAAAGCCUGUGCUGUGGGUUUCUACAAGGCCCAGUCUUCAGACGCAGGAUGCUCCAAGUGUCCUCCUCACAGCCACUCGCCACGCGACGGGGCGACGCUCUGUGACUGCAACGCUGUAUUCUUCCGCGCUGACAGCGACCCACCCUCCAUGGCCUGCACCCAGCCCCCGUCCUCCCCGCAGCAGCUCAUCUCCGUGGUGAACGAGACCUCGGUGGUCUUGGAGUGGGGCCCCCCUCGCAGUCUGGGAGGACGAAGUGACACCAGCUACAGUCUUGAGUGCCUCAUUUGUCAAACAGCGAGCCACAGUCACACGAGCAGUAAAGCUCUCCACAGGAAUCAUAGCAUCUCCCAGCAGCCGGAGGCUCAGCACAGUGGCCAUGGGAUGCAGUCGGACCAGGGGAUUGUGGGAUCUGAAGUCCAGUCCGGGAGAGGUGUCUACCAGAGCAGACCAGCACCCGGAGACGACCCGAGACUCGGCUCAGGCUCCAUCUCCAGCUCUCAGCUCUGCCUGCCCUGCGGCUCCGAUGUGCUCUUCUCUCCCGACCAAUCCGGCCUGAAGACCACCAGGGUGGUGGUGAGCGAGCUCAGGGCCCACACACAAUACACCUUCAUCGUCCAUGCACGCAACGGGGUCUCCCAGGCCAGCGGUGCAGGGGCAGCCCAGAGUGUGUCUGUCACUGUCACUACCAACCAAGCUGCUCCCUCUCCGGUGUCGUCCAUCUUAGCCACCAAUGUCACCAGGCACAGUUUGUCGUUGUCGUGGCAACAGCCGGAUCGACCCAACGGGGUUAUCCUCGAAUACGAGGUCAAGUUCUAUGAAAAGGAUCAGAAAGAGAGGUCGUACCGCAUAAUGAGGACCUUCUCCCGCCGCGUCAAUGUCACAGGCCUCAACCCCCUCACGGUGUACGUGUUCCAUGUGCGUGCUCGCACAGCGGCUGGAUACGGAGAGUUCAGCUCCCCGUUUGAAUUCGCCACCAAUUCAGAUCCCUUCCCCCUGAUUGGAGAAGGAGUUAACUCAGCCUUCCUGCUGCUGUCUGUCAGUGGGGUUGGGAUUUUACUGCUGAUAUCUGCAGCUGUUUUCAUCAUUACGCGCAGGAGGAGCAAGUACAGUAAAACAAAGCAGGACUCAGAGGAGGAGAAACAUCUUAACCCAGGAGUUAAAAUCUACGUGGAUCCGUUCACCUAUGAAGACCCCGAACUGGCUAUCCACGAGUUUGCCAAGGAGAUUGACGUUAGCAGUAUUCACAUUGAGAGGGUUAUUGGCAUGGGAGAGUAUGGGGACGUCUGCAGUGGUCGGCUGCGUGUUCAGGGGAAGAGGGAGAUCUACGUGGCCACCAAGAGUCUGAAGGCGGGAUACUCUGACAAACAGAGGAGGGACUUCCUGUCUGAGGCCUCCAUCAUGGGCCAGUUUGACCAUCCCAACAUCAUCAGGCUGGAAGGCGUGGUGACAAGAUGUAAACCUUUGAUGAUCAUCACAGAAUACAUGGAAAACGGAUCCCUGGACGCUUUUCUUCGGAAACACGACGGCCAGUUCACGGUGAUCCAGCUGGUCGGCAUGCUGCGUGGCAUCGCCUCAGGUAUGAAGUACCUUUCCGACAUGAGCUACGUCCACCGAGACCUGGCAGCUCGAAACAUCCUGGUCAACAGCAACCUGGUGUGUAAGGUGUCUGACUUUGGCCUGAGUCGGGUUCUGGAGGACGACCCGGAGGCGGCCUACACUAUGAGGGAGGCCACUGGGACUUACCUGUCUCCUGGAGGGAAGAUCCCCAUCAGGUGGACGGGUCCAGAGGCCAUCGCCUACAGGAAGUUCACCACGGCCAGCGAUGUGUGGAGUUACGGUAUCGUCAUGUGGGAGGUGGUUUCUUACGGAGAGAGACCCUACUGGGACAUGAACAACCAGGAUGUGAUUAAAGCGAUAGAAGAAGGCUACCGCCUGCCCGCUCCCAUGGACUGUCCUGUGGUGCUGCACCAGCUCAUGUUGGACUGCUGGGAGCGAGAGCGAGCCGAGAGACCCACCUUCAGCCAGAUCCUCAACAUGCUGGAUAAACUCAUCCGUAACCCUGGUACUCUGCGCCGGACAGGAGGGGACAGACACACGGCCACCAUGCUGGAGUCGGGUGUGGGUUCAAAGGUGUGUGUGUCAGUCCUGCCGGAGGUGUGUGUGCCGGCCUGGUCGGUAUGUGAGUGGCUGCGGUCCAUCGGGUUGGAGAGGUACAGAGACACUCUGGCAGCAGCAGGAUACACCGGCCUCGACAGCCUCCUGGCUCUCACACACCAGGAGAUGGACAGACUUGGAAUAAUCACACCAUCACACCAGGACUUAGUAAUUGCUAGUGUGCAGCAAGAAAUGUUGUCUCAAAUGCAGCAUGUGCAACACACAAUGGUUCCAGUCUGAGCUGGAGACGGACUACAAAUCUUUUGUUGAGAAGAAUUUCAUUUACCUCAUCCAUGCACUUUAGAGAAACUUUUCACCAGUGGAAAUACAAGGAGUGGCGUAAAUUACAAGAGGAGAAAAGCAGCACUUUUGUGAACUUCCAUCCUGUGAAGUUUUCUGAAAACCACGAUCUGGACAUGGCCACAGAUAGCAUUAAGCUACGCCUGAAGCCUCAUCCGCUUAUCUAUUUCUCAUUAUAUAAGUAUCUGUUUUGUGAAGGCUGACAUGUUAAGGCUGUGCAUAAGCAGAAUGGCUUCCAACUUUUAUUUUGCUGCUUUGGGCUGGACUUGAAUAAAAUGUAUUUUGUGUUUACUCUGCGUAUGUCUGUGUCCGCGCGCGUGUGUGUGUGUGUGUGUGUGUGUGUGUAUGUAGCGUGAAUGCACACAACAUGGACUCUCCCUUGUCAAGUCGUCAGCUAAUUUUGAAUAUUCUGAAUAUGCAAAGUUACCCAAUACAGCGAGAGCGGGAGGAGCCGGACUGAAUGUAUCAUUGCUCAUGGCUUCAUCCUGGAUUCAGACUAACAGACUGUAUGAUUUGCUUGUGUUUUUUAAUUGUUAUGUUUACAAAUGUUUUACCUGUGUAAUUCAACAUUUAGAAUAGAUUGGCAUAUCUCGUCAAUUGUACAUGUCUUUUGUUAAGAAUUAGGUACAUGAAGCAUUUUGUUUAUUUAUGGUCUUUUUUAUAGUUUGUACAUUGUAAAAUAGAAACACUGAGUAAAUAUUGUAAUGACUGCUGUAUUGCAUUGCAAUAAAUCCCCAAACCCAUCCA